AACCCGGACUGGGAGGAGAGAUGGGGGGAGUGCGACAGCCGCUGGAAAGAAAGCCAGGUUGGGAGAGGAGACAGUAGCAGGACCGUGGGGUUGGGCCCGGGGUACGGCGAGCCCCAAGCCUUCAAGCGCACCCCUAGAAAACCUACGGAAAACUUGCCCGGAUGACUAGUUGGGGGGGCUGAUGGCACGUGACCUGCCUUGACCAAUCCCGGCACUGCUGACGUGGCCGCGCGGCCCCGAAACUCUCCCCCCCAGGAAGGGAGGGGCCGGGGGGUGCCGCCCCCCCCCCACCGCUGCAGUUUCCGGGGGGGGUGACACCCCGGAUUACACCCUCCCCCCCACACCGAGCCGAGGGGAGCAGCAGAGCCCCCGCGGGAGGGUUGCCGGAGCCAGGGACCCAACUGCUGCAGCUGUAGCGUCUUGGAGAACAACAACCAGCGGCCGCGUCCAACUGCCACGCCCCCGCCCGGGCGCAAGACCAACGACGCCCACGUGGCCCCCAUCCCUGUUCCCCCCCCUUGCCCAUCGCCCGCCCAGCCAGCCAAUAAGAGAGCAACGAAUGGCACUACCCGCCCCGCCUUCGCCAGUCGCCUGGCUUGCCAGACAGAUUUGGAGGAGAGGAAGACGACGGCCGGAAGGGAAGGAGCUGUGGGUGUGGGAGACCCCGCUGCUCCGGUAUACCCUCCCUUCCCCCGACCUUCCUCCCGCUCUUGGGUCUCCGGACCAUUGUACAGCCUAUUGGCGCCUGCAGUGGGCGGGCUCUGGCUCCCCUAUGGGCCAAUGUAGCGAAGCUCUGCCUGGUGACUGAAGCCGAGGAGGCAGGCCGGUGAUGUCAUUACCGUAGCCCACCAAUGGGGAAGUCGCCCGUGGAGGGGCGGGCUUCUAGGCCUCCCCAACCCCUUUGCGUGUGCGCGCUGGCCAGAAGGGAAGUCGCGAGCACGGCGGUGAGCGGGAGCUGCGGAGCUCCACCCUCUUCCCCACCCCCCACCCCCGACUGUAUAUAAAGGGCCAGCGCGGAGCUCGGCGGCGCCAUUUCGCGCUGGAGCAGAGCGGCCUGUAGGCUGGGGGAGGAGGAUCGGGCCCACAGCUACAGGGGCGGCGAAUCUCAGGAGUUCGCCAUUACAAUCCACAUCCAUCCAUUCGGAGAUGCCCCCUGGCCUGGCCUGGGACCAACCUUGGCGAGUACCGCAGACCCCGUAGAGACCCUCCGAGCUAGUCUUUCUUGGGCCCCGCCCAAUACGCCGGGCCUGUCUGCCGCGCCAUCCCGCCCCCUCCUCCGCCCUUAAGAGAUCAAAGAUGGAGGCGUCGGCGCUCUAAUCUGCACUCUCCGUGUCUAUCCGCUGCCAUCCGACUCCAGAACCGGCUUUUGGCCGCUUGGGUCAUCCCUAGCAGAAAGUAAGAAACCGGGACGAGCUGCAUCAGGUCGUAUUUCAUUGGCAGUGGUAGAAAUCUGGGCUCCGCUGCUGGGUCCGAAGAAGCUCCCGCUCCGACCCCUAGCUCGCUCGCCCCGACUCUGGGCCGCCGCCAUUUUCUAACCGGCCGCCGCCAGAGCAGCGCGCCGUGGCGCUGAGGCCUCCCCCAGGUGCCGCGGAGAGGGCCGUGCAUCGGUGCCCGACCGUCCGGGGGCGGGGGGAGCUCCCCGGGGGGGCCGAGAACAGCCGGCCCCCCCUCCUGGGUUAUGCAGGGCACGGCCGGACUGGGGCAGAGGGGACCCGAGGCCAUCCGGACUUGCUGCGGCUAAGGACGGUGCAGAGCCCCGGACAGCCAGGAUGCUGCAGAACGUGACCCCCCACAGCAAGCUCCCUGGGGAGGGGAAUGCAGGCCUGUUGGGCCUGGGCCCUGAGGCAGCAGCCCCAGGGAAGCGAAUCCGGAAGCCUUCUCUGUUGUAUGAGGGAUUUGAGAGCCCAACCAUGGCCUCAGUGCCUGCUCUGCAUCUUCCCCCUGCCAAUCCGCCACCCCCUGAAGUGUCUAAUCCCAAGAAGCCAGGUCGAGUCACUAACCAGUUGCAGUACUUACACAAGGUGGUGAUGAAAGCCCUGUGGAAGCAUCAGUUUGCCUGGCCGUUCCGGCAGCCAGUAGACGCCGUCAAACUGGGCCUGCCGAUUCCUGUCUGGGGUUGGGAGAGGACCACGGUGGCUAAUAUCCUUAGCUUCUUCCUACCCCUCAUGCUGCCCACGGAAUAGCCAGCCCCAGAGGACUAUCACAAGAUCAUCAAGCAGCCCAUGGACAUGGGAACCAUCAAACGACGUUUGGAAAACAAUUACUACUGGCUGGCCUCUGAGUGUAUGCAGGACUUCAAUACCAUGUUCACCAACUGCUACAUCUACAACAAGCCCACAGACGACAUCGUACUGAUGGCACAGACACUAGAAAAAAUCUUUUUACAGAAGGUGGCACUGAUGCCAUCUGAAGAGCAGGAACUGGUGGUGACCAUUCCCAAGAAUAGCCACAAGAAAGGGGCAAAGCUGGCAGCACUUCAGAGCAGCCUCACCAAUGCCCACCAGGUGCCUGCUGUUUCCUCUUUGUCUCACACACCUUUGUAUUCCCCAUCGCCUGAAAUUCCCACCACUGUCCUGAACAUUCCCCAUGGCUCAGUCAUCUCUUCUCCCCUUCUCAAGUCUCUGCACUCUGCUGGAACCCCUUUGCUGGCAGUCUCUGCAGCACCUACUGCCCAGCCACUCACCAAGAAGAAGGGGGUGAAACGGAAAGCAGACACCACCACACCUACACCAACAGCUAUCCUGGCUCCCGGUUCCCCAGCCAGUCCCCCCGGGGGUGGUCCAGAGCCCAAAGCAGCCAGGCUGCCCCCAACACGCCGGGAAAGUGGCCGUCCCAUCAAACCCCCACGAAAGGACUUGCCAGACUCCCAGCAGCAGCACCAGAGCUCCAAGAAAGGGAAGCUGUCAGAGCAGCUGAAGCACUGCAAUGGCAUCUUAAAAGAGCUACUUUCCAAAAAACAUGCUGCUUAUGCCUGGCCUUUCUAUAAGCCUGUGGACGCUUCAGCUCUUGGCCUGCAUGACUACCAUGACAUUAUCAAGCACCCCAUGGACCUCAGCACUGUCAAGCGAAAGAUGGAGAACAGAGAUUACCGGGAUGCCCAAGAGUUUGCAGCUGAUGUUCGGCUUAUGUUUUCCAACUGUUACAAGUACAACCCUCCUGAUCAUGACGUCGUUGCCAUGGCACGAAAGCUCCAGGAUGUGUUUGAGUUCCGAUAUGCCAAGAUGCCUGAUGAACCAUUGGAGCCAGGACCCUUACCUGCCUCAACUGUUCUGCCCCCUGGCUUGGCUAAAUCAUCUUCUGAGUCCUCCAGUGAGGAGAGUAGUAGUGAAAGUUCCUCAGAGGAGGAGGAAGAGGAGGAGGAGGAGGAAGAAGAAGAAACUGAAAGCUCUGACUCCGAGGAAGAGAGGGCUAACAGGUUGGCUGAACUGCAGGAACAGCUUCGGGCAGUACAUGAACAAUUGGCUGCCCUAUCCCAGGGGCCAAUUUCCAAGCCCAAACGGAAACGAGAGAAGAAGGAAAAGAAGAAGAAGCGGAAGGCAGAAAAGCAUCGGGGACGAGCAGGGAUGGAUGAAGACGAUAAGGGUCCCAGGCUGCCUCGCCCACCACCACCCAAGAAGUCCUCCAAGAAGGCAGGUGGUGGCAGCGGUGGUCCCGGGACAGCAGGGCCUGCUGGCUUUGGUCUUUCUGGAAAUGCCACCACCAGGCCCCCAAAGAAGGCGAUGAAGGCUGCUCCACCACCACCAGCUGCUGCCUAUGACUCAGAGGAAGAGGAGGAGAGCCGGCCAAUGAGUUAUGAUGAGAAAAGACAGCUGAGCUUGGACAUCAAUAAGUUACCUGGAGAAAAGCUAGGCCGUGUGGUCCAUAUCAUCCAGGCCCGAGAGCCCUCGCUCCGUGACUCAAACCCUGAGGAAAUUGAGAUUGAUUUUGAGACUCUCAAACCAUCCACACUUCGAGAGCUUGAGCGCUAUGUGCUUUCCUGUUUGCGCAAAAAGCCAAGGAAACCCUAUACCAUCAAAAAGCCGGUGGGCAAGACGAAGGAGGAGCUGGCUCUUGAGAAGAAACGAGAGCUUGAGAAGCGGCUACAGGACGUGAGUGGUCAGCUUAAUUCUACCAAGAAGCCCCCUAAGAAGGCAAGUGAGAAAGUGGAGUCAGCGCAGCAGGUGGCAGUGUCACGCCUCAGUGCCUCAAGUUCCAGCUCAGACUCCAGCUCAUCAUCCUCCUCAUCUUCCUCUUCUGAUACCAGUGACUCCGAUUCAGGCUAAGGGGCCAGGCAGCAAUGGGGCAGGAGGCUCUGCAGGACCGGAUUCCCCUAGCCCUCUCCAGAGGUUCCCUCUACUUGCAUUCCCCCUCACCCCAUUUCCCCUGUGUGGGAGAGCUGGCUCUGCAAAGGGGGGUGGAGGGAUACAUGGACAGUUCCCCCUGGGGGACUCAAGGGACAGAGGAGGGGAUUCCCCUUGGGCUUAAAGCUCCCCACUUAAAAUAGACUGAAGUGGGGGACGAGGGGUCUUGGGUAGGUAUAAGGUUGGGCUAAAGCCUGAGGCCACAACUACCGGCUGCCCACUUCCCUCCAAGGGCCCUGUUUUCUGAAGUUGUUUGUUUUAAUUUAUUUUAAUUGGCGCAGGGUUGGGGGAGGUGGGGCUGGGGGGGUUCCCCCUAGACUGGGGAGGGAAAGAGGGGAGCUUUUUUUGUUUUUGUUUUUUGUUUUGUUUUUUUUUUUUUUACGUUGACUUUUUUUCUACCUAUCCCUACAUCCCACUCUGUUGGGGCCUUUGGGAGUCAAACCUUCUCUGUCUCCCUAAGAGGCUUUUUGAGCUAAGUCCUCUCCUUUUUUCGUGUGUCUGUUGAUUCUAACUUGUAAAUAAAGAAAAUACUAUUCAAGUUGAAAAGGU